AUGGUGCCCCUUCUUCUUUGGUUGGACACCAUUUCCCACGGUGCCCAGUGUUCCAGGGCAUCAUCCUGUAAAAGCAGCAGCUACAUUAGUGACAACCAGUGAUCCACCAGCAGUGAUUGCGUGCAAAUUUCAUUUUUUUUAUGGUGGACGAGAAGCGGAUUGGGGGGACAUCCAUCCAUGGUUUCAUGUGGGAAAAAGUGUGUCAAAGUACAGAUAUGCCAGUAGUGCGCGGUAUCUGACGGUGCCAGUGGCAGUGAUUUGCUUAAUCUUUGUGCAUUCCCUCUUCCCCGCACCAUAAUCCUUCCUUCGGCUCUGCCUCUCCUGCGCUGCGUUAUCGUGUCGUAGGUUCUGCGUCUCCUCCGCUUGCUGCAUUUCGGUUGACACACACUCUCUCUCCCUUCAUCGCGGCUCCCAAAAAUCGAUCGAAAUGUUUGCCACCAGAUAUACCACCACCAACAUCGCCGCCGCUGCCGCCACCGCCGACUCGCUAAUCUGUUGAGCCCAAGAGGUACCGUGGAGUUUGUGCUAGUGACGAACGAGGCCGGACGUAAUAGUACUCUGCGCUUCUUUGUGCGUACCUGUGUAACGAUAAUAAGUGUCCAGACUCCCUCCCCGCCCCACAAAAAAGGGUGGCGCGCGCGAGUGUGAUGUAGUACGUCCCCUAGCGUUUCGCCCCGGAAUCAGGAGUUUAUCCAGCCAUUUUUCUUUCACUUAACUGGAGGCUACGAAAGAGAGGUCCGUGGACGGAUGAUGGUGUGACAUCGUACUGGCGCACGCAGUACAAGAAGCAAUCCGGAGCAAGCGUUAUGUUAACUUGAGAUUGUAAUGUACACCGGGCACACAAUGACAAACAACUCGUGCAUUUGAUAGCUCCGUGCUGAACCGCUCGUGUGCUGGAUCGUUCAAUCGAAGGAGACAGGGACCGGGAUUUGGAUCAAUUCCAAGUGUUUCCGAAAAAAACAAUGUGAUUCCUGCUCCUGCGUCACAAAGCAACAGUGCGAAUCCUGACGAAUCCAUUCCACGCCAACUCGGCCGCGCAUCAUCGUUGCCGACCACCACAGGACCGUAAGCGGCCGAUCGCCACGAAAUCUAUCGCAACUAAACCGGGUCACGACAAACUAUGCUGCUAUGAAGAGCUUGGUCAAUGGAUUAGCGGUACUCUGGCUUGGUGUGCUGCACUGUGUGUCAGGAUCGGUGCUGAAAAAUGUGGCGACACUGCAGUCGAGUAGCCCGUUCAUGACAUUUCCGCGCAACUUCUGGCAAGAGAUAUCGGUACCGUACACCGAUCUGCCGACCGAGGACGACGAGCUGGAGGAUGAGUCGGUGGAAAGCACAACGCACGAUCCGUACCCGUUCUUCGACGACAUCAACAUGACGGCCAACGUGACCACGCAGCUGGGCAGUGACGUGACGCUGCACUGCCGUGUGAAUGACCUUCGUGAACGAACGGUAUCCUGGGUACGCCGGAAGGACGAUGAGAUCCAUCUGAUCACCGUUGGCCGGCAGACGUACAGUAGCGAUUCGCGGUACUCGCUCCAAUAUCAACCACCCAACGAUUGGCAGCUGCAAAUUCAGUACUCGAACGAGCGUGACGAGGGCCACUACGAGUGCCAAAUAUCAUCCCAUCCACCGUUGGUCUAUCUGGUGUAUCUGAUCGUUGUCGUUCCGCGGGUUGAAAUUAUCGAUGAAAGGGGCCAGGCGACACUCGACAAGUUUUACAAGGCGGGCAGCACAAUCGAGCUCAAGUGCAUCAUCAGCCGGGUACCGCAACCAACGAGCUACGUCACCUGGAAGCAUGGCAUGCGAAUGCUUAACUACGACACGAGCCGUGGAGGCAUCAGCGUCAAGACGGAUCUACUGCCCGGUGGUGCCAUGAGCCGGCUGUACAUUGCUAACGCCAAUCGGCACGACACAGGCAACUACACUUGCGCGCUGGCCGAUAUCGCGCAAGCCACCGUAUCAGUGCACGUUCUGAAUGGGGAAAAUCCGGCCGCCAUGCAGCAUGGUGCUGCCACGCAACAGACUCCAGCGGGUACGGGCGCAAUGAUCCUGUUUCUUCUGGCAUCCUUCUUGCUCAACGCUUCACGGUGACUGCCGUAGAGCGCUCCAGAAACGAUAGCCCUCUCUCAUCAAGCGGAACCAGCCAUCAAUCGCUUUCCAACCUCUCUUCCCACCCCUUUUGAAAAGGCACACAUUUUAACCCGCACAAUUUUCACUUCCGGGGCUUUUAAAGAAUUGAAAACAAACUUUAUCCCAUUAUCCGCCGCUCGUCAACCCCAAAAACAAAAAAAAAGAGGAAGAUCCCGCAAACAUAUCAGCAACCUCCCAGCGCAGAAUUGCAGAUUGCAGAGAUACUUCUUCCCUCCUUCUUCGGUGUCCAGUCGAACCCACAAUGAUAAUGAUGACCGUCGAUGUGACCGUCGUUGUAUUACUUUACGGCGAUGAACGAGGGUUGGUGAGGAGGAGCUAUUCCGGUUCGCCCCCACCCUCCCUCUCUCCA